UAAUUAAACUGUUGGUAUACAAACUUGUCGUGCCUAGAUCUAAAUAGUUUGAGGUAUGGUACCAAAUUCAACCAAAAUAGUAUUAGAGUAGGACUUGUGCUCUUGUCUUUCUCUAUUCUCUAUGUCCUUAGCUUAUAUAUUAAUAUGUGAAGAAAAGAAAAAGGCCUAGUAGUAUAGAUAGAUAGAGAACAAAAACCAAGUGAGACCAAGUGAUCUACCAACCAAACAAACACUAAUAUUUUUCUCUCUUCCUCACAUCCUACAAACAAAAAUGGACUCUUCAACAAAUCUUAGUGAUCAUCAUGCCAAAGAUGUUCGGAAACAAUGCGAAAUCUUCCGAACCGCAAAGUAUCCGUCUUCACGCCGGACGGCCUCUUUCUCCUCAUGUUCAUCAUCACUUUCACCUUCAUCUUCUUCACUUGAAUCAUUCUAUUUUCCUGAUGAUCCUCUUCUUAGUCCUGCCUCACCACUUAGAUUCUCAGGUGUUCCAUUUUCUUGGGAACAAUUACCUGGAAUUCCAAAGAAACAUAAUUCCAACAAGAAUAAAAAUUCAUCAUCCAUGAAACUCUUACCAUUACCACCUCCUACAAUUACUACUACACACUCUUCUAAAAAGUUCAAUCAUGAAAAUGAUACCAAGAUUUGGAAGAAGAAUUCAAUUCAAAGUAGCUUUCAAAGAGAUCAUGAUCCUUUCUUUGCUGCAAUGGUUAAAUGUUCAAAGGAUGAUAAUGAAGAAAUUACAAGUGGCAAUUUAUGGAAUAAUAAUAAUGGAGCUAAAGUUUCAAGGAGUAUUAGUGAUCGUUUUGGAUUUAUUAGUCUUUAUGGUUCUUGUAAGAGAACUUGUGCAGUUUCUGAAUCCUUAGUUCUACUUCCAACUUCAAGAAGAAGCACUUAUCAACAAGUUAAUGGCAGGUCCCUCUGAGAUUAUUCCAAUAAGUGAUUCAAAAAAUGUACUUGUCUUCAUGUUCUUACUAGAAAAGGUAUUUUUUUUUAACUUUUUUUUAUAACUUUUUUAAUUAAACCUUGAUCUUUGUUACUACAUGUUACUAAAUUAUGGUAUGUAAAGACAAGUAUGUCAUUGGAAACCUUUUAAGGUAUUAUUAUUGUAAUAUAUUAUUACAAGUAUAGGAAGCAGUGUUUGUCUUUAUUUAACAUUUAAAAUUUUAAUAAUUUUGUUUUUUUGGAUAUUUGUGGAAUUAGACACCUAAAUCUCUGAAUACAAUAUAUGCUAUUUGCUGUA